GGAAGGAAAAUACUGUAAAAGUGAUGGAAAAAGGAUUAUAAUGAAAGAAUGAAAGAUAAAUAAUUAUUGCAUGAAAAAGACUGAUUUAUAACAAAAAUAUUAAUUAUACAACAAAAAUGGCCAAAUAUAUAUUCAACUGUGAUGCAAGAAUAGUCGUGGCCUUUGGAUCUAGGGAGCAAAUCCCUACAGGCAGAUGGCAACAGUAAAACGUGGUCUUUGUACAAAGGCCAAAUGAAAAAAAAAACACCACUAUGAAUAUUACUCUCAUGUAGAGAUGAUGCAAUAGAAAACUUUGGAACCAAAGCUUUACUUAUUCCAGACGUGUCUGGGGGAAGAAUCUUUAUCCUAAGUCUCUAGAAGCCUAUCUUAACUGGAAUGGGGGAAUGCAGAAAUCAUGCAAUCAAAACAGAAAGUCCAAGCCUGAUGCAUACAAAGAAUUAAGUGGAUUAGCUGUACUGCUAGAGCUUGUUUGGAAAACUGUACCCACAUAAAUGUUUCUGCUUAAGUUAUCUAAAAAGUAUAGGCUUCCAAUUGUAUGGGUAUGUAACAGUCUAUACAUGCAGGCUAUAAUAGUACAGUAGGUACAAUGAAAACUUUAAAGGGAAAUAACCUACAGAUAACUCUCUGCUUACAACUAAUCAAGGUCUCCUUAAUACAUGCUAUUCCUUUAAACUAGUAAGUUUCUUGGAACCAAAUAAUAAAGAGCUUUGUUUUUAGGUCCAAAACAGAAGGGUGUAAAUAUUGUGCCUUGGUCCCCCAAUGCUUUCUUCUUUGAAACAUUUAUUACCCAGUGUUUUACUAGGUGAGAUGAACACAAUAGAAAGUCACUUCAUGUGGUGGAUACCUAUGAAUGCAGGACAUGCAGUGCCCUCACGUUCACCUGUUCUAUCACUGAUGUAUAUUGAGCAAUUGUGCUACUAUGGCCUUAGCUUUCCAAGUCUUUCCCGAAACGUACAACCAUCUAUCUAACGUGUAAAAUAUCUCGUAUUUUUUCAUUUGUGCUCUGCUGUCCUAAAAACCUUGGCUCUCAAAAGGGCUUGGAGUAGCCAGGGCGGUGGAAGGAAAAAGGAUCUGGCACAGAACUGGAUGGAAAGGAUUCAAGGAAAUCUCCUCCUCCUGGAAAAAGAAACCGCAGCAGCUCCUACGCGGAAAACUUGAGGAGCGUGAGCUGUACCGAGGGAGAGUAAAAGGACUGCCAGGCCGGGUAGCUUUGGGGGAAUAGUAGCUUGAGCGAGUAAAGUACCUAUUUCCCCCCUCCUCAGCUUAUAUGUUCUCCCAUUUCGGGAAGCCUAAGGCUGUCUGACCGCCAAAAAGAGACGGGCAGGGACACGGUUGCCUCUGACUUUACGUACAAAUGAGCUCAAGCUGAUUCCCGCCUCCAAGACAGAGGGGGGAAAGGGGGGCCUGAACGUUCUCCUUAUAAGUGCAAGCGCGCGUUGCCUUCGCUCUCAUACUCGAGGCGAAGAGCCGAGGCUGGUUUGUCUCUGGUUCUCCUUCAGGACUUUGCCAGUGAAUUCAGGGCGCGGAAGGAGCCCUACAGCGCUCUUCUAGUCCGCCUAGGCCGUUACAAGCAGCGCAUUUAGCUCGCCUCUAAAGGGCUCGACAGACGUUCUGCCCGCUGGUGCUUUAAGGCGCCAUUUGCUUGCCAUUUGCAACGUUUUCAAAACUCUCGUACUUCUUGUUCAUUUUCCUUUCUAUCGCCUCGCGCGCGGAGGUGCAGCAUGAAGGGAGCUAAGGCAUGCCUGGCGCUGAGCACGCUUUUGCUCUCGCUGGGUGCUCGAGGCAGCCCUUCUUCGCCCCAAGAGGAGGAGCUGGUGGUGCCCGUGAAAGUGGAUACAGGCGAGCGGAGGCGAGCGGCCGACGAGCAGUUCUACCGCUUGGACGCCUUUGGCGAGCGCUUCAGUUUGGAACUGAAGCCCGACGACAGCUUUUUAGCUCCGGCUCUGACGUUCCAAUAUGUUGGCAGCCGCCCCCAAGGCCGGAGGGAGGAAGAGGAGUCCCACCAAGCGCUCGGCGCGAACUUAGCCAGCUGCUUCUAUUCCGGCACGGUCAAUGGGGAUCCGGCCUCGGCCGCAGCGCUCAGCCUCUGCGGAGGAAUCCGCGGCGCCUUCUACCUGCGCGGCUCAGAGUACCUCAUUCAGCCGGCUAACGUCUCCCAGGCUCCAGGAGGGGAGCAGCCUGAGCUGCACCUCCUUAGCCGUUCUCGGCAGAGCCGGGUCCCCCGUGGCAGCGGUACGAAGUGCGAGGUGCCCGACUCCAACGAAAGUUCGGCCUCUGAAGGGCGGCCGCACCGAGGAGAAGAGCAGCAACCGGACUACGCGACCCGCGCAGAAAAUAGACAUAUAAGGAAGAAAAGAUUUGUAUCGAGCGCCCGCUAUGUGGAAACGUUGCUUGUAGCAGACCAAUCUAUGGCAGAGUUCCAUGGCAGUGGACUGAAGCAUUACCUUCUCACACUCCUGUCUGUGGCCAGUAGAAUGUACAAGCAUCCCAGUAUCCGGAACCCUAUUAAUUUGGUGGUGGUGAAAAUAAUAGUCAUCUAUGAUGAGCAGAAGGGGCCUGAUGUAUCUUCAAAUGCUGCUCUCACUUUAAGGAAUUUUUGCAACUGGCAGAAGCAACAUAAUCCUCCCAGUGACCGGCACGCAGAACACUAUGAUACUGCAAUUCUUUUUACCAGACAGGAUCUCUGUGGGGCCAAAACAUGUGACACUCUUGGGAUGGCUGAUGUGGGAACUGCUUGUGAUCCAAACCGCAGUUGCUCUGUCAUAGAAGAUGAUGGCUUGCAAGCUGCUUUUACAACCACACAUGAAUUAGGCCACGUGUUUAAUAUGCCACAUGAUGAUGCAAAGCAGUGUUCCAGUAUUAAUGGUAUAAAUAGGGAUUCUCACAUGAUGGCAUCUAUGCUUUCCAACUUGGAUCGAAACCAUCCUUGGUCUCCAUGCAGUGCAUACAUGAUAACUACCUUUUUGGAUAAUGGUCAUGGUGAGUGUCUGCUGGACAAACCUCACAAGCCAUUGACGUUCCCUUCUGAUCUUCCUGGCACAAUGUAUGAUGCUAAUAGACAGUGCCAAUUUACAUUUGGGGAAGAAUCCAAACAUUGUCCUGAUUCUGCUAGCAUAUGUACAACUUUGUGGUGUACUGGUACUUCUGGUGGAGUGCUUAUGUGCCAAACAAAACACUUUCCUUGGGCAGAUGGCACCACGUGUGGAGAGGGAAAAUGGUGCAUGAAUGGCAAGUGCGUUAAUAAAACAGACAAGAAGCUAUAUGAUAUUCCUGUUCAUGGAGGCUGGGGCUCAUGGGAAGCAUGGGGAGAGUGUUCACGAACAUGUGGUGGAGGGGUGCAAUAUUCUGUGCGAGAAUGUGAUAGCCCAGUUCCAAAGAAUGGAGGAAAGUACUGUGAAGGCAAGCGUGUGCAGUACAGGUCCUGUAAUAUUGAAGAUUGUCCAGAGAAUACCAAAACUUUCAGGGAGGAACAAUGUGAGGCUCACAAUGAUAUUUCCAAAUCUUUUGGAACUGGCCUUGCAGUGGAAUGGAUACCUAAGUUUGCUGGAGUCUCUCCCAAAGACAGAUGCAAGCUGGUUUGCCUUGCCAAAGGCACUGGAUAUUUUUUUGUUCUUCAACCAAAGGUGGUAGAUGGAACUUUAUGUAGCCCAGAUUCCACUUCAAUCUGUGUUCAAGGGCAAUGUAUAAAAGCAGGAUGUGAUCGUGUCAUAGGAUCCAGUAAGAAGUUUGAUAAAUGUGGCAUCUGCGGAGGCAAUGGAUCUACCUGCAAGAAAGUAUCUGGAAUGUUUUCUAACAUCAGACCUGGUUACCAGGAUGUUGCUGUGAUUCCUGCUGGGGCAACAAACAUAGAAGUGAAGCAACGAAAUCAUAGGGGGACACGGCAAGAUGGAAGCUUCCUUGCACUCAAAGUGGCUGAUACUUAUAUUCUCAAUGGUGACUAUACACUAACAACAAUGGAGCAAGAUAUUACUUAUAAAGGAAAUGUUUUGAGGUAUAGUGGUUCAUCUGCUUCUCUGGAAAGAAUUCGUAGCUUCAGUCCACUGAAGGAACCAUUAACCAUACAGGUCCUUACUGUUGGUGAUUCAUUUCGAUCUAAAAUCAAAUAUACCUAUUUUAUGAAGAAAUCAACACAGUUGGGUUCAGAGGAGCCUAUCAGUAAGACUGAAUCUUUCAAUGCAAUCAAGGAGACAGUUUUAUCUGAAUGGAUUAUUGAAGAAUGGGGAGAAUGUUCUAAGUCAUGUGGUACUGGCUGGCAGAGGAGAUCUGUACAAUGCAGAGACCUUAGUGGACGACCUGCCUCAGACUGUGCAAAAGAACUGAAGCCAAAUGAUGUACGACCAUGUGCAGACACACCAUGCCCACGAUGGCAGCUAGGAAACUGGUCACUGUGUUCCAAGACAUGUGGGAAGGGUUUCAAAAAGAGGUUAUUAAAGUGCAUUUCCUUUGAUGGUACAAUUUUGACACAUGAAAACUGUGACCUUUCAAAAAAGCCAAAACAUUUAAUAGACUUUUGUAAUGUUACACUUUGCAGCUAAACUAUAAUAGAAAUCUAAAGCUAUAUAUAUAAGUAUGUACGUAUGUAUGUAUAUUCAGACCAAAGCGCUGAAAGUGAGAGGUAGCAACAGUAAUUUGUGUGUGGAAAUUCAGAGUAGAGUCACUGAGAUGGGACAGUGCAAAUAUUAUUAGAUGGUAUUAAAUCAUGGAGUAGGAAGGAAUCCUGUCAGUAUAAACAGUAGAUAAAAAUGCCAGUUUAGUUGCCAGCAAAUUCGGAAACACACAUCUCUUAAUCUUAGUUUUUUUACAAAUUAAACAAAGUAUGCCAUGCCCAAAACAAAUUUAAGGAAACAUUGGCAGGAAUAGCAUUUUUUUUUAACUUCUGGCAAUUUUAUUGCACUGAAAAAAUUCCUUUCCUGAUCAAAGUGGGGAAAUAAAAAGGCAGUUCUUUAAUUAUUGGUCAGGUCUUGCCUACCUCAUACGUAACAAAACCCACAUUAUUUAAAGAGAGUUUUCAACUAAAUUUCUAAUGGAGGAGCAAAACAAGUAGUCCUGGAUGCUUAAAAUUCCAAACAUUAGAAUGUAUUUAAUCUUCUUAAGAGAUACGUUGCAGUUCAAAGCCACAUAUUAGUUAGGAAGAAAGAAAGAACUACCCCAAAUUUAAUUCUCUUCCCUUUAACAUAUUUGUUCCAAAAUCUAAUAGACCUUUGGAACAUACGCAUAAAUUUUAUAUGAAAGCUGGCUUCUUCAUGAAAUAAUCCUGACAGGCUGCCAUUUCACAUACAGUAACAGUUGCCAUGGUGGUCAGAAGUAACAUGCUUACAUACGACCUUUUGCAAACAUAAAAUUUCACUAUAAAUGGAACGUCUCUUAUAACAGUUUUCCAUAUCCAAAUUAAUUCCAGAUGUGCUCAACCAACAUAGCCAAAUAUUAUGCUGGUUGGGAAAUACAAGACAUAACAGUCACAAGAUAUCUGGAAGACCCUUAAGUUGUCUCAUUGCAUACAAAAACUUUACACUGCUGAAAUCUCUUAUAAAGCAGGGAAGAUUAAGCUGCAGGAUAGCAGGUCCAUCCACAGCAGUUUUCCAGUAUUUGCAUAUUUAAAAUUAUUUGGUAGGCUAUAGACUAUGAGAGAAUGUGUCUCUUCAUAUGUAUAUAGUAAAGUGUAUUACAAAUGAUAUAUACUUUAUAAGUAUUUAUUUUUUUCCCUUCUAAGAAGGAUUAUAAUUGAUAACAAAUGCAUAUACGGUCAUGAAUGUAUUUAUUUUUAUAUUUCUUGUCUAAAACAAUUUCUUAAGUUAUCACUUUUUUAAAGAAAAGACAUAUAACAAAAUAGAGUAUUUAUGCAGUAUAAUAUGUUAUUAGAAAUAAUAAACUAUGAAUUUUUGAAAUUGAGAGUUUUUGUUUUAUAUAAGUUUUUAUCACAUCUUCAUAAUAGCUAGUUUGAUUUUAUCACAAAGCAUAUGUUAAGAUAUACUUUGUACUUGCUAGCGCCAAGCAGCAGAGUAGGGUUAGAGUAAAUUAAGAUCUAGAUAUUCUCUUGUCCCGUUGGAAUGCAUGUUGUAUACCAAUUCACCAUUAAUAGGACCAGUGUUUGUGCUUAUCUGGAUUUAAUAUACAUUCAAAUUCAAGUUAAGUAAUCUACUCCUAGUCACAUUUUUGUUCCUUUGAAUUUCAUAUUAAAUCAUACAAGGCAACCAUUUGAAAAUUAAUUGUCUGGCAAACCAUUUCUUUUUACCAUUUUAUAAUGAAAGUGCACCUGUUUACCCCAUAUCCUGAAGUCUCAAAUUCUUGCUAUGAAUUGUGAAAAUUGGAACUCUAUGGUGAAAUAGUUCAUUUGAUUGAUGCUGUUAAAAGUGUCUGUGCAGCUGGAUUUUAAUCUUUGUAUAUUACUGUUGUUCAGAAAUAAAUUGAA